AUGGGUGACGGAGCUCUGGGCUCGGACCACAUCAAUUACUUGAUCCUCCGCUACCUGCAAGAAGCAGGCCAUGAGAACGCGGCCAAGGCACUGCAUCAAGACUGGCACCGUCCACAAGAAUAUGGCGACCCCGAGAAACUGCCAUUCGCGCCGCUGGUCAAGCAGCACGAGCUGGUGCACAUCAUCCAGGACGCCAUCUUCCACGACCAACUGCUCGCUCAAGUCACCAACCAAUCGCGCCGCUUCAACCUGACUACCAGGCAUUUCGCCCACCGCGCCUCCAUCAACGACAGACGAUCUUCUACGAACCAACACGACUUCCCGAUACCUCCCGCCAAACGCUCCCGAAAGAGCAAUGACUCGCUCAAUCCAGAUAGCAUGCAAAUUGAUUCCAUACCGCAAGACGACGACCAACAAGACGCUGAACACGAGCCCACUUCAGAUGCUCCUGAGCCAGACCACAUUCCCACCACCUCCUCUGCUACACAAACCGACAAAAAGCUGAAAUCAAAGUCAGAGACCAUGUACUGGGCUUUGGACCAACCGGACGCUUCUAUUUUGCAUGCCUUGUGGAACCCAACCCUGUCGCAGUCCACCCACCUACUUACUGUCGGUGAAUCGUUGUGCCGUUUCUACACUCUGCCGAAUCAGACAAAGGGCGGUGUUCAGCGUGCUCACCACACCGACGCAGAGACCAUGCCCAAGGGCUCCAUCAUCACCGCUGCCUGCUGGCAUCCGUCUGGGCGAUAUGCUACUUGUGCUCUUGAGUCUACUCGCCGCUUGCCUGGAGGUAGUCAUGAGCCUGUGAGAUCAAUGUUCGAUGCUACUGUUCAGGGUACGAAACGUUUCUACGACCUUCAAGGUUACCUGCUACAACACUCUGCCAUGAUUGUCGCCUUGCGCUAUAAUCAAUCUGGAACACGUCUGUUGAGUGUUUCUACAAACAUGAAGCGUGGCCUGGUCGAAAUUUGGGAUGCUAGUCAGCCCGCAACUUCACUAGAUCCUGUAGCUGUGAAGCUAUUUAAUCAGCCUGUCAUUGAUGCUGUUUGGGCCUCCGAUGACUCAAUCGUCGUGUGCGGUGAGAACCGUCUUGACUUUUACCAGAUCCAUGAUGCUUCGCUACCCAACGGUACUGAUACAAACGGCGACUCUUUUGCCUCGACUGGGACCAGAAACUUUGCUUUGCAAUAUUCUCAUCCAACAGACAAGCAGUGGGACAAGGUACGCUAUGACUCGGUAAACGGCAUUGUUGCUGCCACUUCUGUGUCCGACGACUGUACCAUAUUGCUCGCCAAAACUACCCCUCGAUGGGUCCCUCUGCCUGGCUUCCCUGCGGAUGGUCCCGCCGGUAGACGUGCCACUGCUAUGGCAUUCCAACCGGUAGACCCUGCAAGCAACAUCGGCACUCCUGUACCCAGGCGCCUCGCAGUAACACAUGACUCUGGACUUGUGAGGGUCUACCGCGUUUCUCCCAAUCUUUGCGAAACCCUCCAUGAGUUCACCAUGGGUCCUCAUGAAGCUGCUUUGGCUUUGUCGUGGUCACCUACAGGCUCAUGUCUUGCUGUCGCAAGCGAAGAAGCUGUCAAGAUUUGGGACCUUAAUACCGGCUCCGUACCGCUCCUCACAUGGCGAGCCGCCGCCACACAUUGGUACCAAGGCGAUGAAAACAACUUGCCUGAUGGCGACGAGACUGGUGACGAGCCCAGUCUCAACUGGGAUGCCGAUGGGAAACGGCUGGUGUUUGCAGUGGGCCGUAAAAUGGCCGCAAUACGUUUACUGAUGCCCUCGAAGAAUAUCUUGCACACGAACGACGAGGCUGAUACCGUAGACUAG